AUGUCCAGAUUGGUUGUCGCGCUUGGGCUCUUCAUGAGUGCCAGUGCACUACAGAUGAUGAAACCAAAGGACUUGGAUAGUCUAGAAACUCUGAUCAGCAAAGCAUGUGUGAAGGUAUUGACAGCCGAACUCGAAUGCGACGAGUACAUUAGGGAAUUGACCGACCCAAAUUCAUUUCGGGGCGAAACAGACGAAGAUAUGGAGAUGGCCCCAACGAUUUGCAACAAACAGUGCUCCGACUCGUUCCAAUCGUGGUAUCAAAAGCUCAACAAAGAGUGUGCCGAGGAGGAUUUCCUGUCCGAACUCUACCCACCCAACUAUUUCCUAUUCGGCGGAAAUGUCACUUCGAGCGGCUGGAACCAGACAUGUGCCAAGGAUCCGAAGACGGGUCGAUACUGUGGCGAAAUCUUGGACGAAUUCCCCGACAUCGGGGAUGAUGAGGAAAUGCCCCUCGAAGAGCUUUGCCAUCCCUGUUACGUGAAGCUAAUUGACAUGAGGUCAAAUUCCCGGGCGUGGCCAACGCCGACCGAUCCAGCAGGUGACUAUUGGAACAAGCAGCUCAAGCUUGUCAAAGAGAAGUGCAACGCCUCGGGAGGGCUGAAGGAAGAAUCAUCGUCUAAGGAGGAAACAACCUCGGUCACUCCUCACAAGACGGUCAGCGCAGAUGGGUCAGGUGUGAGCACUAUGCCGACAGCAAGUACGUCUUCCACAGAGACUGUGGUGCCAGGAAGUGCCGCUCAUGAAAGUAGCACAGGGGAUGCUAGGGCAAGCAAGCAAAUUUGUGGUUACUGGUACACACUGCUUAUGCUGGGCAUUGGUGUGAUUAUGUUUUAG